CACAACUCUAGAAUGACGGACAGUUCCGAAACGCUCCAGAUCCAGAAGUAUGAGGAACAGUUUGCUUGUAGGUUCACAUCACAGGAUGAGGAAUACCAAAGAUACCUUCAGCAGCCUGUUAAUCCACCACCAAUUGUUGAAGAUUGGAGAGGUCGUGGCGCAGGGGGCUUCCAAAGAGGCAGGGAUAACCGUUAUCAAGAUCAGAGACCACACAGGGGCCGGGACCGAGGUCGUGGUUGGGGAUGGCAUGAGCGCGGUCCACAGCAGUGGCAGGAUCGACGCUGGGGAUCAGGAGGACAUAAUCAAGGCCAACACAACUCCUAUAACCAGGGCUACAGUUCAAGCAAUCAGAGACGCUAUGACCGUUACUGAUAGGAGAUGAUGUUUAUUUUUGCUCGGGUGGUGGAUGGAGGCUAUUUUUCAUUAUAUAAUUUCUUUGAAAGGCAGUAUUGGCUUAAUCUAGUGAACAGAUGAUUCCAGUUGUCACCUGUAUUCUUAAAACUAAAACAGGUUUUACCCAUACAGUUGGGAUAAAUCUGGGAUGAAGAUCUGCAGAAAAUCAAAAUGUUCUGUUAUUGCAUUCAGCUGGCCUGGAUAUCUACCCAAGCACUGAGAAUGAAAGUUACAACAAAAUGCAACAAAUGUCAGAGAUAUGUGGUUACAAUAAAUGUUGCUUUGCUGUCCUAUUCCCUUUGGUUGUGAAUGAAAAUGUAAACUGUCUGUAUCACAGUAUGAGUAGCCUACAGUACAUGACAUCUAUUAAACGUGGUGGGACCUUUUUCAGGACGUUUGUGUUGUGAAAAAGCUUGCAUCUGGUCUUGUUCUGUAAAAGGGACUGUAUGGUCCCAUUUAAAUAACAUGCUUUUAAAGUAUUGCUGGUUAA